AUGGAUCAUUCUCAGUCCCUUCUCGAGCAGGGCGUGCCCUUGGGCCCGACGCUCGUCCCGCAGCCCAACGGACUCCCUCCUGGCGAAGACGAACGAGCUGCCAGAUUGUCGACAUGGGCAGACAAGUAUCGCGGUGCCACUGUGGCGGACCUAGAUCUACCACCUGCACUCUCAACUUCGCCAAGCACGUCACUUGCUUCUGCCAUGCUCUCGGCUUCAUCUCAUGACUAUUCGCACUUGACGGUCCUCUCUGACACUACUCGCUCCCUCCUCGGCUACCUGCCCAUUUCGCAAUUGAAGCAACUUUUCGAGUCUGGACGCCUGCAGCCCUCUGACCCAGUAUCAAAAGCCAUGGUGAAAUUUCAGCGGCGCGGAGGAAAGAAAUACCAAGUAAUCACAAUGGAGACCGAGCUAUGGGAACUUGAAGGGUUUUUCGAGGACAUUGGACCGCUGGCGACAGGUGAAAAACAAGAUUUUGCCGUCGUCACCGACGGUGGUAGAAAGUUCGUCCUAGGAGUCGUCACGAGGGGUGAUCUGGAGGAGUUUGUGAAGAGAAGGCCGGCCUGA